CAAUAAACACUACACGAGGAAGAAGAACAGAAAACAGGAAUUUCGCUGUUGCUAUCGGGUUCACUGCUAAAAGCAGUAUGGAGGGUUUGAAGUCCUCUAGCAGCACCAUGCAGGUGAGUUUUGUCUGUCAGCGCUGCAGUCAGCCUUUAAAGCUGGACACAUCCUUCAACGUGUUAGACAGAGUGACCAUCCAUGAACUCACUGCUCCGUUAGUAACUGUAACAACCAGUAAACAGCCAGACAGCUGUGAGGGCAGCAGUGUUCCUGAGGAAACCUUUUUGGAGAGCAAACAAGAUGGUGUUGCCCGAAAAUACAUUGCAUCUGCACGGUUAAUGUCGACUGAAAGCACAAACAGCUUCACUCUUAUUGGAGAAGCUUCAGAUGGAGGAACUAUGGAGAACUUGAGCCGCAGACUGAAAGUGACAAGCGACCUGUUUGACAUCAUGUCUGGUCAAGCGGAUGUUGAUCACCCUCUGUGUGAAGAGUGUACAGACACACUCCUGGACCAUUUAGACACACAACUCAACCUUACAGAGAAUGAGUGUCAAAAUUACAAGAAUUGUUUAGACCUGCUAUCUCAGCUGCAAGAAGAGGAGGAGGCCAGUUUACUGGCUGAGCUGCAGCAGCUAAAACAGAAGGAAGAAUCAAUGGUUCAGGAGCUAGAGAGCAUCGAGGUGCAGCGUGAAGCUGUGGCCAAACAGUUGGCUGAAGGGCGCAUCUACUGCCAACACCUGGACACUGAAGAACUUCAGUAUCAAAAGGAAUACUGUGAGUUUAAGCGGCAACAACUAGAGUUGGAUGAUGAUAUUAAAAGUGUGGAUAAUCAGAUGCGUUACUGCCAGAUUCAGCUGGAUAGACUCAAGAAGACCAACGUUUUUAAUGCCACCUUUCAUAUUUGGCACAGUGGGCAGUUUGGAACAAUAAAUCACUUUCGACUAGGGCGAUUACCCAGUGUGCCGGUGGAGUGGAAUGAAAUUAAUGCUGCUUGGGGUCAGACUGUACUUCUGCUGCAUGCUCUCGCAAGCAAGAUGGGGCUGCACUUUCAGAGAUAUCGACUUGUUCCUUAUGGAAAUCAUUCUUAUCUGGAAUCUCUCACGGAUAAGUCCAAGGAGUUACCCUUGUAUUGUUCAGGUGGUUUGCGCUUUUUCUGGGAUAAUAAAUUUGACCACGCUAUGGUGGCCUUCCUUGACUGUGUGCAGCAGUUCAAAGAGGAGGUGGAAAAAGGGGACACAGGGUUCUGUCUGCCAUACAGAAUGGAUGUGGACAAAGGCAAGAUUGAGGACACAGGUGGCAGUGGAGGAUCUUACUCUAUAAAGACUCAGUUUAACUCGGAGGAACAGUGGACCAAAGCCCUCAAGUUCAUGCUUACUAACCUUAAAUGGGGUCUGGCCUGGGUCUCCUCUCAGUUCUACAAUCGCUGAUUCUUAUUAUGGCUUGAUAUACAACUCUGACAAACAAUAUGGUAUUGAGUAAUGGAAAUUAUUACUGAUUUUGCAGUGUUAUACUAGUAAUAAAAAACAGACAUUUUGUAACUAAAAGCUAUAAAUAAAAUGAACUAUAUUAACUGUAAAAUGUAAUAUAUUCACUUGAUGUGGUUGAAUUAAAGUUUACUGCUCAGUAUUUGUCUUUUUUUUUUAUAUUUUCUCUACUUUGAAAAUCUACCCCAAAAUCAUUUGCAGGCACUGUUAAAUUAGACAAUUUCUUCAAUAGCUGCAAUUUAAAGUAUUAUAAUAAGUAGUAAAUAAGUAAAAGUGUUAAAAAAAAUAUUAGGUUACUUUAUUUCGAUUUCCUACUUUAGACAUUCUAAGUGCAAGUACAUGUCAACUAACUCUCAACAGAGUAUUAGUAUUAGGGAUCUGUAUCGCCAACAAUUUCUCCACUGAUAAGAUGCGUAUCGUGAUACAAAGCCACGAUAUGAUGCGCAUCACAGUCCAGAAAAAAAUUUGAAUUACAUUUUUGUUUACAAUUCAGUAACAUUCUUAUCUGUUUAUUGUACAUUGAAUAAGUAGUUUUGUGACAUUUGUUUUUGCAAUUCAUUCAUUAGCUUUUGGGGAACUUGUAGAAGGGCAUAAAACCAUCUCUGUCAGAGCUACAGUACUUGAAUACUACACUUGAGUACUGAAUAUAUCUAUGAAUAUAUGAAGAGUUUGGUUCCAAAAAGCAAUAAAUCCAUUUUGACUAA